AUGCAACAAUUUUUUAUAGCACCAAAAAAACCAAUCAAUAAUAAUAAUGUUAUUUCGGUCGUAAAAUCAGAUCGAAUAUCUGUAUUAAAACCAGAUGAUCAUCUUGAUGAUUUUUUUGCUGAUACAAAUAAGAAUUCAAAUAAUCAACCAUCAGUUCAAUUAAAUACUGAUGAUCUUAAUCGUAUUGCUGAAAAUGCUGUCAGAUUACAAUCACAACCAGCUCGUGUUCGACCACCUCGUCGUCAACAACAAGGUACGAAAAAUCCUCUUCGUCAAAUUCAAGCAACAAUACCAACAGCUAAUGAAUACACAGAAGUACAUACAGAUCUGUCCGAACAAGAACUUCGUCGAUUAAAACGAGCUCAAAUUGCUGAAAAUGCUGGCCUUGCUCAAGAAGCCUUAGCUGCUUUAGCAGCAACAGAAAAUUUUGCUGAAAUUAAUCUACGUAAAAUCGAUCGUUCAUCCGUAGCAACAUUUGGUUUUGAACCAUAUAAAGAACUAAUGUUAAUGCUUAUAAAAGGACGUCGUCAUUGUUCAUUACGUCUUGUUAAUCCAACAUAUGUAUCAAUUAAUGAAGGUGAUUGUUAUUUAUUAAUAACACCAUCAAAAGUAUUUGCUUGGCUUGGUCGAUAUUCAAAUGCAUUAGAAAAAGCUAAAACAAUGGAUAUUAUGGAUUAUUUAAAGCAACAUCGUGAUUUUGGUUUACGUAGCGAAGUUAAAUAUUUUAUAUUAGAUCAAGCAAAUGAUGAUACAGAAAAUGAUAUACAUGCAGAAUUUGCUGAUAUUUUACAUGGUCAUCAUGAUGAUUAUAAAAUAAUGGAUAAUGUUCUAGAUGAUGAUUUUUAUGAAGCUAAUAUAAUGGAAUUAAAUCGUGUUUAUCGUUUAGAUAAUGAUAUGCUUAUACCAUUAGAUGAUUUUUGUUUUCGUUCAUUAUCAGUUAAAAUUCUUGAUGCAAAUGAUAUAUUUGUUUUUGAUUUUGGUUCAGAAGUAUAUGUUUGGAAUGGUAAAUAUGCUGAUAAAAUUAAACGUAAUAUGGGUUUACAAUUAGCACAACAAUUAUGGAAUGAUGCUUUUGAUUUUUCGGAAUGUCUAAUUAAUCCAUUUGAUCCACUUGAUGAUAAAAAUGAAUUUGCAAGUCAAAAAGGUACUAAACGACCAGCAUGGUGUAUAUUUGGAAAACAAAAUCAAAAUGUUGAAACAUUAUUAUUUAAAGGUAAAUUUUAUGAUUGGCCUGGUGAUCUUAAAGAACUUAAACCGGUUAAUGAUGCUGCUAAUAGUGUUAAUCGAAUACCCUCAGCAAGACGACCACCGUCAAUUGUUGAAAUGCUUAAACCAGCGGAUGUAAAUAAAAUGCUUAUGAAACAAGAUAAUCCAGUAAAUAUGAUACUUGAACAAGCAAAUUUAGGUCGAGGAAAACAUUGGUAUGAUCCAGUUGAAUUACGUGGUCAUGAUAUUCAAACAAUAUCAUUAAAUGUUUGGCAUGUUAGUGAUAAUGAACGUUAUGAAUUAUCAAACUCAAGUUAUGGACAAUUUCAUUCAGAUGAUGUUUAUAUUAUUCGAUGGCGAUAUAAAUUAGUUGCAUCAGGUUUUCAUUCAAUAACAACAGGUAAAGCAUCUGUACGAAAAACAGAUACAGGUCGUGAUCGUGUUGCUUAUUGGAUAUGGCAAGGUAUUAAUGCUAGUCCUAAUGAAAAAGGGAUUUCAGCAUUAAUGACAGUUUUUUUGGAUGAAGAAAAAGGACCACAUGUUCAUGUUAUUCAAGAACGUGAAGAAGCAACAUUUUUACAAUUAUUUGAUGGUACAUUUACAAUACAUAUGGGUAAACGUAAUCAAGUAAAAGAAAAAAAAUCACAUUGGCGUCUUUAUGUAUUUCUUGGUGAAAUUGAUGUCGAAAAUCAUUGGUGGGAACUAAAUGUGGAUAGUGCAAAUUUACGUAGUCGAACAUCAUUUUUAUUAAUUAAUAAUGUUAAGAAUAUUAUGUUGCUUUGGCAUGGUUGUGGAACAACAAAUGAACAACGAUUAUUAGCAAAUAAAUCGGCUAUAAAAUUACGUGAAAGAUGUCCAGAAGAAUUUCAUUUUAAUGGUGAACGUCAAGAUAUUGAAUUUUAUGAAAUACAAGAAGGUGAUGAAAUAGAUUUAUUUUGGAAUGCAAUCAAUGAAUCAACACAUGAAAGAAAAUAUUAUUCUUUAUUAAAUGUUCAAUCAAAUAAAAAAUUAACUGCAACUAUGCGUAUAUUUCAUUUAUCAAGUCUUCAUGGUCCUUUUGUUGCUCAAGAACUUGUUUAUCCUCUUCGAUCAUCUGAUCAUAUAUCAGCAUUUCCAUUUACUCAAGUAGAUCUAUAUGAACUUCAACAACCAGCCUUGUGUUUAAUUGAUACCAAUACAGAAUUAUAUAUAUGGCAAGGAUGGAAUGAUUUAUCCGAUGAUGAACUUGAUUUACAACUUUAUAGUGCAAAUUUACAAGCUGGUAGUCCAAGAGAUUUACGGUUUGCAGCUGAACGUCGUUGUGCUUUUCGUACAGCUGUUGAAUACUGUAAAACAAAAACCGGUUCAGCAACCAUUGAUUUACCCUCUUCAAUAGUAUAUGCUGGUUUAGAACCUAUUGAUUUUAUUAAUUUAUUUCCGAAAUGGACAAUUCAUAUGAAAGCUCGACAACAAAAUCAAUUGGAAGGAAAAAAACUAGAUCAAAAAGAUUCAGUUUCUGAUAUACUUACAAAUUUAUGUCGUGAACAGUAUACUAUUGAAGAACUUCGAGCUCGUCCAUUACCAGAAGGUGUUGAUCCAUCAAAAAUUGAAUUUUAUCUCUCGGAUGAUGAUUUUCAAAAAGAACUUCAUAUGACUAAAGAUGAAUUUUAUGCUUUACCAUAUUGGAAACAAACAAAUAUUAAAAAGCCACUUGGCUUUUUCUAA